AACAAGGGAAAUCUAGGAGGCUGUGCAUCAACAAAUGGCGGUCACAGCAAUGCCACAGCCGCUGCAGCUUUGCACAAGUCCUUAGCAUUCAGCAUAAGCACGGUGAACGUGUUUUGGACCUCGUUUUGCACUGCUUGUGCGCCGAUAAUACGUUGGUGACAGUAACAACAUCCAUAUGCCUACAGUAUGAACGGCAUGCACUCACUGCAAGAAAGACUGGCCCGCUUGGACCUUGAACGCAACUGCUCACAGUCGGUGUCAAAGGACAGCUGUUGGCUAUGCGACGACCUCGAAAAGUGGAAUGCCGUGCUGAACCCCAUGAACCUUCAUCUGAUUGAGUGGAAACUGGGAAAGCUUCAGCUAUGCACACGAGACAGAAUCGUCACCGAGACCUGUUCGAAAAACGUCGAUUUGCGAUACGACGCCGACUAUUUCAUGGCCUGGCUGCCGCGAAAACACAGUUGCGUCGAGGCUAUCUGCAUCACAGAACACCAUCCCUGCCGGCGGAGCUUCAUCACUUACGAAACGAGUGUGAAGCAGCGUGCAUCAAAACUUCGCCACAUAUUCGUCGAAGGUGACACAAGCUACGACUGGGCCUUGCUUUUCGACAACUUAGGUCCCAUUUCAUCGCUUGAAACAUUCAAGCUUCACAAUGUACGUGUAAGCGAUGGCUUUGGCGCAAAGGUGGGCGAAAUUCUCUCCACCAGUCGUGCAACUGUCGACACCGUCACCCUGUCGAAGGCUGAAUUCACCGGCGCCGCCUCAGAAGCCAUCGUGAGUGGACUAUCGAAAUGCAAGAAGCUCAGAAAACUUUCGUUCAGUCCGAACCUGAACACCAGUGCACUGAGAAGCAUGGCCAAGCUGUUGCGAUCAUCAAAGACCCUGGAGAAACUCCAGGUGCAGUCAGAGCGCGAGAGCAACAUGUACUCCUCGGAAACCCGUUACCGGAUAAACGAACUAGAAAUGUCGUUGGCAGUAGCCACCCUUUUAAAGCAGAGCACAUCACUUGUUGAGCUGCAUUACCAGGCAUCUAAGGAACCCCUCGUUAACGUUCUGAUGGCUGUCGAAGCCAGUGACUUGCUCAGACACCUUGUAAUCAUUGGCGACGAUUACAAGGUUAACUACAUCGACCAAACUAUGGCUGAUUUGCUAGAAUCUGUGCUGUUGAAGAACCGAAGUCUCCGUUCACUGACGGUCAAGUGCUUCAAGAUGCUUCACGGUGUUGCCGCACAUGUGUCCAGGGGGCUGCAGAGAAACACGACUCUUGAGACUCUCGAUGUGUCGCAGUGCUGUAUGGACGCGUCUGAGGUGCAAGUCCUCUGCAACACUCUCAAACAGAAUACGACGUUGCUCAAGUUGAUGAUCGAAGCCCACUCGGGAUCGAAGAGUGAUAGGUUGGCCCUGUAUGCCGAUUUAGACAAGAACGGGUGGUACAGUCGCGUCUACUUUCCAAACAUCGACGUGGUCACCCAAGGGCUCGUCACCUCCGUGUCAGAACCAGCCCUGUGUCCCGCCGACUUGCAUCUCAUGCUCGAUCAGGACACUGGUGCAUCUUUUGUAGCCCUGUGCAAAACAUUGAGUGCAAGUCACGCCGUAAAGCACCUAAGCUGUCACCUUCAAUGACGCUCAGCACCUGCACAUGACGGCCCUGUUGAUCUUGCUCGAGGAGAACAAGUCAUUCCAAUCCGUCACGCUGCACGAGAGCUUCUUGGACUCCAACUGCGCCGCAAUGGUGGCACAGGGCCUCGCUGCGAACGACUCCGCACUAGAACUCACGCUGGAAUGCCGCGAGCUGAGCAACAUGUCCGCAGAACUCAUUCGUUGUUGCUGGAGUCCAACGAGAGCCUGUGCACUUUCCACCUGUCGAGCUUACCCCAAAUGGAACCCGAACAGCUCAACGCCGUGUCUCACGGACUCGUCGAGAACAAGUUCAUCACCGAUGUGCGCAUGAACCCCACGACACUGUCCGCGAUGGCUGCUGUUCAGAGGAACCUGACGUGCCUGCACCGUGCAGUUCGUUUUGUGUUGAGGCGGAACAUAGGCAAGCGGUUCGCCGAGUCGUUUGAGCUCCUCGAGUCAAAAGCCGUCGUUGAUUUUGGCAUUGCAGUCGGAGGCUGAGAUGAACGAAGUGGAAGCGGCAUGUGCCGUCAAGGCAGCCAGGCAUUUCCUUCACACAAACUACCUUUUUAUCAACUGCGUUGUCCGCCACAAGUUGGAGUGCUACCCCGAACAACGCACACAGAUCGACAAGCUUGGUCCUGACUGUUGGGCUGCUAUCGCAAAGCACUUAAAAGUGAGCGACGUCUUAUCCCGCGAUGCUUGAACUCUAGUUGUUGGCAUUAGGUAAAGUUGGUGCCGUGGCAUAGUACAUCUUAAGGGGACACUAAAGAGAAAAACGAUUUUUCUUGUAUAAGUAAAUUACUCUUCCACAAUACUGAAAUUACGCCGCUCGCUGCGAGAACACGCUUGGUAAGCGAGAAAACGCACAAAAGAAAAUGUGGGUAGCGACACCACCUUCAACUUCCAGCACCUAUCACCGUGGUGUCGUAGAUUUUGACAGUGUCUGCUAGGAUGUACAGCCUUUCUAAUUGGUAAAAUGUAAAUACAUUGCCCUCUUAGGGAGCCAGAGACUUGAAAGAAGCAACCCCAAGGUCCAAAAAUUUUAAUGAAGAGAAAUAUGCAGCGCUUUCAGUAGGUGAACAUGCUGACCCCCAUAAUCUUGCGAACACAUGCUAUAAAAGAAGUUAAGGGGGUUAGAACAUGCACUUCAGCCGGUUUCAAAUUUUCGCGCGAAUGCUUGCCACCUUUCUCCGUCAAGGAGUAGCCUGUCGUCGUGACUCCGCCCACUUCGCAAUGCGACACGACGUCUGCGGCACAUCAUCGGCACGCAACUAACGACCGUGCGGGUCUUUCCUCACUUGGGCACUUUGCAUAGCAACGUGGGCAGCAAACAGCGAGCAAGGAGCACUUUUUGCCUCGGAGUAAAGUAGUGAGACACCUCUUUAUCUUCAGGGCUUUCGUUCUGACAAAACCACUUCUCUCGAAGUCUCGGGCUCUACAAAACGGCAGCACAGAAAAAUUAAAAUGCGGACUGCGCGGCUGGAACUGCAUCGCUACAGGGCCAAAGUGCUGUUUCGUAGGGCAAGAGGACCAGUCGGCGAGCUCAGUGAUGCUGUAACAUUUCCCACGGCCAAGCUUUCGUCAGACUGCGCAUAUCAGGGGGAUCGGUCAGGCGAGGGAAACAAGUGCGGGAUUGCUUUUCAAAACGGAGGGGCGGUGUGGCGCGCAGCGCUGUAAUAUUUGGCAAAUGUGAUCGCCGCGGUCUACUGUACGAAUUGGCGAGCUUGUUUGGAAAUGUAAAAAAGAAAAAGUUGGAGCCUGUUUGCUGGCCCUUCAACGUGUGAAGUUUCAGGAAAUUUCAUAGUGAUGAUGUUGCAAAAUACAAAAUAUACACUAUGAAAUCUGUACGCGCAGAGACUUCCAGCAUGAAAAUCAAAAUUCAAACUUUGACCUUGAUUUUCUCUUCUAUUGAGAAACAUAUGAUGACAAAAUUAACAUCAUUAGAGUUUUCGGAGCAUAAUACAUCCAUCAAAACCAAUUCAUUGUUUCACUUUAGUGUCCCUUUAAAUGAAUACGUAUUAAUGAUGAACGCUCACUUAUCCAAUCAAAACUGUUGUUCCUGUCUUUGUUUACGUUAGCCACAAUGUUACAAUCUCUACUUGCAGGUGAAUGUUUCUAGCAUUUUUUUUUAUUUAACUGGGAACUGCCAUUGCAUUGAUGUGUUAUACUGCGCCAUCAACGACGUAAGCUCACAAAGGGAAGAGCAUAUAUCAAACGAUUCAAGGAAGGCACCCAUUGUCUACUUACUGCUGCAUAUUCAAGUACAAACUGACGUUAGAUGCGAGUCUGUCAAAAAAGAAACCAGUGCACAAAGUAAAACAGAGAUAUUUUCCUCUUGUGUUCAUGUUCCAGAAAACUGCUGCUUCAUAGUUCACUUGCAUCUCUCGUCUGCACGUAUGUAUUCAUGUGUGUGCAUACUCAUGUACAUAGAUGUUAAGAAUUGGUUUAAGUGUUUAGCCUAUUAUGGCUAAGUUAUGUAUUGUACUCCACUCUAGUGUGGCAUGCUUAAGAAAAGAAUAAUGGAGAAUCCAUUGGCAUCGCGCUUGGUUGAAAAGCUGUAACAUUCAGAUGGUCUUUAGGACUUCUUGGGGUACACAUUCUAUUAGUUCGUGUUGCAUUGUUUUGCUGUAAUCGGUGUACUACAAUGUUAAUUACAGCACAGUGCACAUAUGUACAUAUGUGUGUGCAUACCUCAAACAGUGGACAACCUGCAACAGGAAACAAAGCUGCAGUGUGGAGCCGCGUACCAACAACCUGGGAAAUUUUCUCACGGCAGCAUUUUACUAUAGCCACAUAUAGUCUUUGUUAUCCAACAUGUUGUUGGAAUAACUGAAUAAACUCAAACAAUGUGAAGUUAUCCUACAAGUUUGCUUUAGCUGGAGAACCCAGUUCUCAGGUGGUGCUUUCAAGUUUCAUUCAAGGGGGGAAUGUAUGACAGGAGAUCUUGGGAAUGCACGCACUCUCGGCCUGUUUUUCAUUAUGUGAAAUUAGCUUACUUAAGCAAAACCUAUGUACCUGUUCCUGCAUGAUAUUGAACUGCUUUUUUUUUUCUUAACUUCUGCUGAGGCAAAGAGAUUUGCAGCAUCAAGCAGAAGUAAGCGUCCUUUGAUGUCAUCAUCAUCAUCGGCCUGACUAAGCCCAUUGAAAGGCCCUGCAGAGGGCGUAGUCAGGCUGAAGAUGUCAUCAAUUGUAAUCACAUGAACAGAUGUAUUGCUCAACUUAUAUUGUAUACAUUAUUUUAUCUGCCUCCCCACCUCACAUUUGGUCCUCACACUUGGAAAUGAAUCUUUUUGCGGUGUCCUUAUAUGUUACUGCUGUAUUGAUAGGCUGUCAUCAUGUGCAGAUGUGGAUCCAAUUGAAUGCAACCUAACCUAAUAUUUUCUGUGCACAGCACUAGUGUACGGCACGUGUCAAUCUUCCCAGAUACUCUUGCAUUGCUGUUUCUGGGGUGCGAUUCUCAACGCAUCCACUUUGGCCUUCUCCGAUUGGCUGGAGCUCAGCAAACAGUGCUUCCCCUCCCCCAUUCCCACUCCUUCCGCAACAUCAUGUUUGGCACAAAGCUUUCAGAAGCUCGACACAAACGAGAAACACUGAAUGUGUUUCACCGCAACUAAUGCUUACCGCCAGAAGCUCACUUCUUGACGCACAUCUUGGAGUCUGUGCAUGAAUCGUAAUCACGUUAGCCCUUGAAUUAGGUGUAACACAGCUGCCUGCCUGACGUACCUGGAAAGAGAGAGAGAACUCGUCAUUGAAAGGCAGAGAAUUUAGCCGGCUUGUGUAUCGCUAUCCUGCUACUCUGCGUGGCAAAGGGGAUUGGGGACUGAAAGGCAGGGAGAGAGAAAAAGAUAUAUUAAAAGUUAAUAUGGAAAAAAAAUAAUAUACAGCGAGUUUCUUGUCUCUUGGACUUAUUACGAGUUUUCAAGGUGCCACUGCAGUUUGUCAACUGAUCGACACUGUCUAAAUACUUAUGCUGGUACGCAUUUCUUGCAUUGUUCCGAAACAUCUCAACAUGAUCAUACGCAAGCUUAGGCUAGUCAAUUGUGUUUUUUUUUCGCUGCAUAUUUUAUACACCUUCUUUUUAUGCUGAGAACGUGCAUGCAGGUUCAGUGCAGCAAUGUGGUCAAAAGUGCCAUGACGUCGCCACCCCCCCCCCCCAUGCAUGCACUCGGCCUAAGUCGAGAAUCGUUUCCCUAUUCUCUUGCUCUGAAGUGGCAAGAAAGGCUGUGCAAUUAUUGUAGCAAGCCAUGUUCGGCAUUAGAUCUUCAGUCCUACAGCAUGAUCAGUUGGCCUCUGUAUUUUAAAAUAGCUUUGUUCCUCUUUGUAUGAAGUCAAACUAACGAAAAGAUGGACUACUGGUGUGCCCAUAUUCCUCAGGAAAUAUAUUACAUCGAGGGCCAAGAUAGGUGUAAGAUGGCACGCUUGAAUUGCCAUGCUUCAAGUACAAAAAAAUGUCGUUAGACUGCUCACCUAGAUAUAAGUAAGUUUACUGCCAUAAUUGAUCAUAAGCACCAGUACAGUCACAAUUAUCAGUGACCAUAUUAAAGUCUGCCUCUUCGACCACCUCCCUUGAAAAAAAAAAAAAAAAUGUGGAUCCAUGGUUGCAUAUGCCUAGUGUACAAAAAUAAAUUGUCCAACCUUAGUCUGCCUAGCAGUUCAUUUUGCUGUGUUGAAUGGUAUGAAUUAUCCAGCGGAUUAGCAAAUAUUAUAUAUAACAUAUGUUGCAAUUGAUUACUACAGGUUUUUACAAAGCAUAUGUUGUGAUUGAUUACAUCAAGCGAUGUAUUUUUUACGUACUGUCAAAAAAGAGGUUUUAUGUUGAACCUUCCGUCUUGUUCACCAGUUGAAUCUUUGUUUAUAGUAAUGAUAUUGUUGUACUAUUAAAAGCCUCGUCACCUUGACAUUCGCA